UGGUGGUGGUGGAAGGUAGCGUGUGUGCGCGCGUGAAUGUCCGAACGUGUUCCCAUUGUCAUUCGAUCAUUUGUCAAAUGAAUGGUUCUGCUGGUGGUGGAUCUGGUCAUGGUGUUAGAGGACCAGCAAAGAAGAAGGAGAUGAUGGUGGUGGUUUUGUAGCAGGAGGAUGGAGCCAUCGUAGGUAAAAUCUCCGUUGAUUGGGCUCGUUUAUCAUCAUCCGUUUACCAUCACUCCCAUUUGCCACAUUGACUGAAGCCUAUCUCAACCUCCCUUUUGCAGACCAACUUAAAAAACCCUAAACCCCCUGUGUGUGUGUGGGGUUGGGCUUUUUCCCCUUUUAGGUGAAUAUCUGGUUGCACCUGCACCACCAUUUCUUUUUUUCUUUUUUUCCUGCAUAAAACAACCCAAUAUUCUCUAACCUGAUACUGAUAUAAGUAUAGGGUUAAGGUCUUCGAUUCCAUUCGCUAAUGUGGUGGUGGUGGUGUUGGUGGUGGAGGAGGAAAUAGUCUUCAUUCUCUUCACAGGGUUAAUGUGAGUCAUACCCGUUCGUCAACUACUCCCUUGUUUUCUUUCCUUUCUUUUUUCUUUCUUUUCCUUUUUCUAUACAUCUGGAGAAGUUGGGAGUUUUCUUGGUUGAUUUGAGUCACACCAGCUCCUCAACCACCUCUUGUUUGUUUUCUUCUCCACGCACCUGUAGAAAAGCUAGGACGUUGGUUGCUUCUCGGGAAAUUGCGAAGCUCCUGUGUAUAUCUCUAUUUCAGUGCCUCUAAAAGUAUCUUUUUGAGAUGGCUCCUUGAUUUUCUGUUUGAGAAGAGCAUCUUCGGAGUCGGAUGGAUCGAGGGCCUCAUCCUCCGUUGGUUGACACAGCAGCAUGUUUCUGCAAAGUAGAUGCAGGCCUGAAAACUGUUGCAGGGGCAAAGAAGUUUGUCCCUGGGACAAAACAUUGCAUUCAGCCCAAUAUCAAGCCAUCAAUACAUCCUUCUCGAAGCAAGGCUGCUAGAGCUGAUCGCAGCCGGGGACAGUCUCCACUAUUGCCAGGCCUUCCUGAUGAUCUUGCAAUACAUUGUCUCAUUCGUGUUCCACGAGUAGAACAUAGAAAGCUUCGGCUAGUCUGCAAAAGGUGGCAUCGGCUUCUUGUAGGAAACUAUUUCUACUCUCUUCGUAAGAGCCUUGGAGUGGCCGAGGAAUGGAUCUAUGUCAUUAAAAGAGACAAAGAUGGGAAAAUUUCAUGGCAUGCCUUUGAUCCAGUGUACCAGCUAUGGCAACCGCUUCCACCUGUCCCCAGUGAAUAUUCAGAAGCACUUGGGUUUGGUUGUGCUGUUCUAAGUGGCUGCCACCUCUACCUGUUUGGUGGGAAAGAUCCACUGAAGGGAUCCAUGAGACGGGUAAUUUUUUAUAAUGCAAGGACAAACAAGUGGCAUCGUGCUCCAGACAUGCUUAGGAGAAGGCAUUUCUCUGGUUCUUGUGUUAUAAAUAACUGCCUAUAUGUUGCAGGAGGGGAAAGUGAAGGUGUCCACAGAUCAUUAAGAUCCGCAGAGAUGUAUGAUCCAAAUAAAAAUAGAUGGUCUUUUAUUGCAGAUAUGAGUACUGCUAUGGUUCCAUUUAUUGGAGUUGUUUACCAAGGGAGGUGGUUCUUGAAAGGACUUGGCAGUCAACGGCAGGUCAUGAGUGAAGUUUAUCUUCCAGAAAACAACAGAUGGCACCCUGUCUAUAAUGGCAUGGUCACUGGCUGGCGAAAUCCAAGUGUCUCUUUGAAUGGGCAGCUUUAUGCACUGGAUUGCAGGGAUGGGUGCAGAUUAAGAGUAUAUGAUGGGGAAACUGAUUCUUGGAGCAAGCAGAUUGACAGCAGAUUGCACUUGGGAAAUUCAAGAGCUUUGGAGGCAGCUGCUCUUGUUCCUCUCAAUGGGAAACUCUGCAUCAUCCGGAAUAACAUGAGCAUCAGUGUGGUUGAUGUGUCAAAAUCCAAUGAUAUAAGCAUGGAUCAACCCUGGGAGACGAUUGCUGGUAGAGGGCACUUCAGGACAUUUGUUGCAAAUCUUUGGUCAAGCAUUGCCGGGAGGAACCGUUUGAAGAGUCACAUUGUUCACUGCCAGGUGCUUCAAGCAUGAAAGUGGCAUUUCUUCUUGUACAUAUUGGUGUUCCUUCAAUGAGGACGCAUUGGACCAUCUGCAUUUCCCCUCAGGGGAAGUCUUCUGGGGCCAAUGAUAUUUUAUUGUGCAAUACAGAUAAACCAUCUGAGCCUGUCCUGGCAUUAGCUGGCAACUGCACGUUUCACCACAAAAGAUACUGUUGGCAUCACUUUCUGUGAUGUUUAAGAAAACAAUGUGGAUCUUGAUUCCAAUUUUCACGGUGCUGCGAUAUGUUGCUGACAGUGUGCCAUGAAGAGGUUAUUCUGGAAACAGUAGAUUGGAUUGUGAGAUUUUGCUUUGAGAGGCUUUGCAUGCAUUAGCCACGUUUCACUUAUUCUGUCGGAUGAAGCUUCUCCUGGAAUGAAACAUUGAACCAGCAUAGCUCCACUUGUAGAUGGAAGAGAAUGCAGAAUGGAAUAUUCAUGAAUUGUUUUGGCCUGACCGAGUGAAUUGUAUCCAAAACCCACUUCGUGAAAUUUAAGAGAUUGGAAAAGAUGCUAUCCUCCAUAUAUGUACCAUAACAAUGUCUUGGAAUAGCAUCUUUUUCUUUGUUCUUAUUUUUCUAGAUUCUCUUGUAUGUCAUGCCCUUUUUUUUAUGACCUUGAUGUCAUGCUAUUAUUCGAUAGAAAUGACUAUUUGUAAUAACUACAUCAGCUUUUCCCUACUGUAUCAUUGCUGUAUCACAGCAAUAAAGUACCAUUUCAGAAUCU